AUGCGGCUCACCUUACACCUCAGCCUGGUUUGGGCCAUCGCCAUUAUCUGGGUGGAUUGUGAGAAACGCUUUCAUAACCGCGAUCGCUCGGACAUCGCCUCGUCCUCAGGGCGUUGGGCACGUCCCAUCCUUGACCAGAUUGCAGCUGAGCAAUACCUGUCUAAAUAUGGAUGGACAGAACAAAUAAACUGGGAGAAAAUCCGGCACCAGAAAGUGGAGAACGUUACAGAUGACCAUCGAGCUCCUAAAGAUUUGCUGCAACUUAUCAAAGAAGGGACCUGGGUUUCCAAACAAAGGGAACAACCACAGGCUGAGUCCACUGGGAGCAUUGCCUAUAUAGAAGCCCUAAAACAAUUUCAGAAAGCCAAUGGCAUACCUGUGACAGGAGAAUUAGACAAGACCACUAAAGGAGCUAUGAACAAACCGCGAUGUGGGGUCCCAGACAAAGUUCUGUCCGAAGAUACCCUGAUGGAUAAUGAGGCACAUGAUACUGCCGACCAAACAGCUGGUUUCAACAAAACAGCAGCUGAUAACAACCUUGGCACUAAUGUGACUCUAAGCUCCAAUGGUCGCAAGAAGCGUUUUUUGCAGUUGUUUGCUCCCAGACGACAGAAAGUAUCUGUUGACCCUGACUUGUUUAUCGAGGCACCAAAAAUGGCCUUUACCAAACCAAAGCUUACAUGGCGCCUGAUGGGAGAAGGUUAUAGCAACCAGCUCUCCAUCGAAGACCAGAAACACGUGCUGAAAAUGGCUUUUAGGAUGUGGAGCGAAGUCAUUCCUUUAGAGUUUGAAGAGAAUAUCCACUCUCCUGCAUCAAUGGUUGACAUUAAACUUGGCUUUGGAACAGGUCGACAUAUGGGCUGCACGCGAACAUUUGAUGGCAAUGGACAGGAGUUUGCUCAUGCUUGGCAAUUAGGUGACAUUCAUUUUGACGAUGAUGACCAUUUUACCACACCAAGCAAUGGAAAUGGAAUUAGUCUGCUAAAAGUGGCUGUCCAUGAACUAGGUCACGUACUGGGUUUGCCUCAUAUCUACAGAACAGGUUCAGUAAUGCAGCCCAGCUACAUUCCACAAGGUCCAAUGUUUGAGCUGGAUUGGCUCGACAGGAAAGCUAUUCAGCAACUCUAUGGUGUAUGCGAAAGUCCUUUUGACACAGUAUUUGACUGGAUUCAUAAGGAGAAAGACCAAUAUGGGGAGACAAUGAUUCGAUUUAACACAUAUUUCUUCAGAAAUGAAUUGUAUUGGCUUUAUGAAAAUCGUAACAAUCGAACACGCUAUGGAGAUCCCAUUACGAUCUCAGUUGGAUGGCAAGGAAUCCCAACAAGUGGCAUUGAUGCUUUUGUACAUAUAUGGACGUGGACAAGAGAUGCAAUCUAUUUCUUCAAAGGUAUUCAGUUUUGGAGAUAUGACAAUGAAAAUGAUCAAACAUACACAGAAGACACAGAGGGAAACAAAUAUCCCAAGUUAAUUUCUGAAGGCUUUCCAGGUGUUCAGGGUCCAAUUGAUACAGCUUUCUAUAAUAAGAGAGACCAAAACAUAUAUUUCUUCAAAGGUUCAAAUGUUAUCACUUUCAAUGUGAAUAUUAAUCAGAUUAAUGGAUAUCCAAAAAGAAUUAUAGAUGUAUUUCCACCAGUGGUACAAAAUGAUCAUCCCAUUGAAAAUCUAAAUGCUGUAUACUACUCAUAUCACUACCAAUCCAUUUUUUUCUUCAAAAGCAAUUUCUUUUGGAAAGUGGUCGAUGAUUGGGAUAAAAAGCAGAACCCAUUAUUACCAUUGAAUGGGCUAAUGCCCAAGAGAAAGGUAUCAGAUCAAUGGUUUGAUAUUUGCGAUGUUCAUUAUUCAAUGCUGGACAAAGACUAAAUUUGCUUCAAACAUUUUUACACAAGUUUCCAAUUUAUGAAAGAGAAAUGGUUAAAGCAUGUAUGACAAAGGCUGUUUUGGAUUGCAAGUGCAUAAAUAGCCUGCUUUUUAUGCUUAAUGAUACAGGGCCUUAUCCCAGAUACAUGCAAAAAUUAAGUGACUAGAUGUUAGAGUCAAAAUCAUUUGUAACAAAGUCUGUGCCAAACUGUUAAUUCCAUAUAUGUAAAGAUUUUUAUAUUUGCUAAGUUAUAACACUGCAUAUUAAGGUUAACUUACUUGUAAUGUGGUGAAAACAGUAAUUAAAAAAUUGACAUAUGUAUCAAAAGGAUUG